CGAGCAUGGCGGCGGCUGCGGAGGGCGUCCCGGCGGCGCCGCGCGAGGAGCCGGCUCGAGAGGAUGCCGCUGUGGAGACGGCUGAGGAAGCCAAGGAGCCCGCCGAGGCGGACAUCAAUGAGCUCUGUCGGGACAUGUUCUCCAAAAUGGCCACGUACCUGACUGGGGAACUGACAGCCACCAGUGAAGACUAUAAGCUCCUGGAAAAUAUGAAUAAGCUAACCAGCUUGAAGUACCUUGAAAUGAAAGAUAUUGCUAUAAAUAUCAGUAGAAACUUAAAGGACUUAAACCAGAAAUAUGCUGAACUACAGCCAUAUCUGGAUCAGAUCAAUGUCAUUGAGGAGCAGGUGGCAGCUCUGGAGCAGGCAGCCUACAAGUUGGACGCUUAUUCAAAAAAACUGGAAGCCAAGUACAAGAAGUUGGAGAAGCGAUGAAAGACCUACUUCAAUGGAUAAAGUAGUUUUUUUAAAAAAAUAUGGAAUUCAUAUCAAUUGAAAUCUGAGGCUGAUGAGCUGACACAGGUCCUCAAAAGGAAACUAUACCAGUCAUCCCAGGGACAUCUGAAUCCUGGAUAAACUGGAGGGCUGGUUGCUCCUGAGCCUCCUUUGAGGCAGUAUCCCUAAGAAGCUCACACUUAUAACCACCUUUUACUUGAAUGGCUUCAUCAUCCGUUCAUGACUGAGACUCAGUGUUCAGGGUAUACCCAGGCUUGCCAGUAGAAUCAAACGAAAGCAACUGUUUUCUGGAGGUGUUGAUUACUACAUUAUUUUCUUAAAUGGCUUGCUUGUUGUUUUCUAUUAAUGAUGCUAAUGAUUAUUAACAAGAGUCUAAAUUAAAAAAGGAAAACAAAAUAUGCUUUUUGAAACUUAA